GUUGCAAGUACCAAUUUCAAAAGCAAUUUUUAUCAAAAUGCGCUUGUUCUCCAACAUUACGAGGACCUCGUUGCUGGUAGCUGUUUUGCUUUUAUCAUCAUCGGAUGCACAUAAAAAAGGAAGAGGAGGCGGUGGUAAUGCUGGAGGCUAUGGUGCUCAUGGUGGCCAACAAAGUCUAGGCUACGGCGGUGGUCAUACAUUACCGUUGAGUUCCGGGCACGGUGGCCAUUCAUCACAUGGAGGAUACAGUGGCCACAUCUCCCCGAUGAUAGGACACCCCAGCAGUCAUACAGUACCCGUGAGCGGUGGGUAUGGAAGUCAUACUGGGCCAAUCAGUGGAGGAUACGGCGGUCACGGAUCACCCAUGGGUGGAGGACAUGUCAGUAGUCACGCUGCCCCCGUUAGUGCUGGGUAUGGUGGACAUGGUGCACCAGUCGGUGGAGGAUACGGAGGUCAUCCUUCUCCUGCGAGCGUGGGGUACGGCGGUAAUCAAGCGGUUCGUCGACCUAAGAGUAAAGGCUACAGCAAUAAUCACGCUGCACCUGCGAGCGGAGGAUUUGGAGGUCAUUCUGCGCCAGUAAGAAAAGGACAUAGUGGUCACGCAGCUCAAAUGAACGCAGGUUACGGCGGCCAUGCAGUGCCAACAAGCGGCGGAUAUGGAGGCCACGUAGCUCCAAUGAACGGAGGAUAUGGAGGUCACGCAGCAUCGGCAGGCAAAGGUUACGGUGGCCACGGAUCACAAAUGAGAGGGGGAUAUGGAGGUCAUUCUGCACAGACGAAUGGGGGUUAUGGAAGCCACGCUGCUGGAAAAGGCUACGGUCGUUAAAAAAGGUAGUUUGA